AUGGAGGCUGCUGGGACCUCAAAGAUCAACCAGACACUGGUAACUGAGUUCUUGCUGCAGGGCUUCUCCCAGCACCCUGAGCUGAGGCUGCCACUGCUAGCCUGCUUCCUGGUGCUCUACGUGGUGGCUCUGACUGGCAACACUCUGAUCAUUGCCCUAGUGGGUUUCAGCCCUGGGCUCCACAGCCCCAUGUACUUCUUCCUGUCCAACCUGGCCACCAUGGACAUCAUCUGCACCUCCACCAUCCUGCCUAAGGUGCUGACGGGCCUGACUAUACAGGAAAACACCAUCUCCUUUGUGGGCUGCAUGGCCCAGCUCUUCUUCCUCAUCUGGUCCUCGUCCUCGGAGCUGCUGCUGCUCUCGGUCAUGGCCUUCGACCGCUAUGUGGCCAUCUGCCGCCCUCUGCACUACAGCGCCAUCAUGAGCUGGCACGUGUGUGCGACACUAGCUGGGGGUGUGUGGGUCACCUGUGCCCUACACUCAUCUAUCCACACCGGUCUGAUGGCACGGCUGACCUUCUGUGGACCCCGAGUCCUCGAGCACUUCUUCUGUGAGAUCCCCCCACUGCUGCUGCUCUCCUGCAGCCCCACGCGAGUGAACAGCAUCAUGACUCUCCUGGCCGACGGGAUCUAUGGCCUCACCAACUUCAUGCUCACUCUGGCCUCCUAUGGCUGCAUCGUGGCCAGCAUCCUGCGCAUCCGCUCUCGGGAGGGCAAGCGCCGUGCCUUCACCACCUGCUCCUCCCACCUCAUCGUGGUCUCUGUGUACUACACAGCUGUGUUCUGUGCCUACAUCAGCCCCGCCUCCAGCUACAGCCCCGAGAGGAGCAAAGUGGCAGGGGUUUUGUAUACAGCACUGAGCCCCACCCUGAACCCACUUAUCUACACAUUACGGAACUCGGAUGUGAAACAUGCCCUGGGCAAGCUCUUCCCCUUCUACAGUAGAUGA